AUGAGCACUCAACUACUAGUAAAAGGGGAGAAAGUUGACUUUGAGAUGAGAAAGAAAAAUGAUGGUAGUGGGAGCUCUCAAGCCGUCAGUCCGCCUUCUCUGUCUGGUGCUUUACAUUUAUUUCAUCCGUGGUGGGAAGGUGAAACUGAUUUCUAUAACUAUAAUCGUAAAUCUGGGGCAAUAUCUAAAUAUCAAAAUGCUGUGUUUAAUUUGUUGGAUGACGCUAAAGGUGACGCUGAUACACACCACCCUGAUAGUUUAAUAGCAUUACAAAAAAGGAUAGAGCGUCUUGCGUAUCCUUACGAUAAUAUGAAGACUAUUUAUCAGGCUGCACCGCAGAUCAUGAAAUUAUUAAUUCAAGAUGAUGAACCCACUGCUAAAAGUUAUUUGCAGGAAAAGGAAGAAUAUCUCACUUUUGAAGAGAGAAUAUUUUUAAAGUCUUUUCAUCGUCAUACCAUUGAAGGUAUUAUAGUUCAUAUAUUUGGUUUAGUCUUUAAUAGUAUAGACGAGAGCCCCGCCGUUCGGCUUUCUACCCUAGUAGAUCAACUAGAUCGCGCUGUUAUAACACAAGCUCUAAUGAUAUAUGAAAGGAAUAAAAGUAUAGAGGGUGAAUUUCCUCUUGAUGAUAAACAUGGGAAUGUAGGGAUUAUUCUCAUCCAGCUAAAUCUGCCUAUGGUAUGUCCGCCUAAAGAUUGGCAUGUUGCAAAACCUGCAGGUGGUAAACCUACUACUCUAUCUGACCUUACUGGGGGUUAUUUAUACGAACCCGUCGGUGAUAUAUAUUUGUAUAAUCGUUAUAAGUUGUUAGCAGCCCGUGACAAGGAUAAGUUUAAUAUAUUAUUGAAUGAUAACUAUCAAGAAAUUUGUGAUGCAAUGAACUCUUUGCAAAAGGAGUCUUCUAAGAUCAAUGUUAUUAUGCUAGAGUAUAUUAAGGUUAAUUAUAAAUCCCUCGUCAGGGAGGGGCUUCUUAAGCCUCCUAUUCUAGCAUCGAUUAAUAUACCUGUUGCAAUCAAGAGUUUAAGGGAUGCCUUCCUUAAAUAUGAAAAUAAGGGGUCUAUCACAUACCAGAGUGUGCUAGAUGUGUUCUUGGCUGAUGUGCAACUAGCCCGUUAUAAAGAUUUUAUACUAGAUAUUGCUUCAGCUUACGUGGGGUACUCAUUUUAUCUGCCGGCCUUCGUUGACUUCCGUGGUAGGAUUUACCGCUCUGGUGGGGGUCCUGCUAUGGCUCAAAAUAUGUACCUUGCUGCCACCGCCUUUCAUUAUAAAAAAUACCCUUCCUAUGAAGAAGCCUUGCAAGCUGGCUUAGACCUUGAGAGUAUAAAAACGCCUGAAGAUCUCAUAGAGCGCGCUUCAACAGCCAGGGACCCCUAUCAGUACAUCUCCAAGGUUGUUACUCUAGCGGCGGAGUCUACUAAGGUAUCACCGGAUCAACUUCCUAUAACUCAAGAUGCAUCUGCUAGCGCUUAUCAGAUAAUUAGUUACUUUAUGUUAGAUUUCCAACUUGCUAAAUAUACAAAUCUUAUUCCUACUAAAGUUCGUAAUUCAGAACAUCUACGUAUAAACGAUAUUUACGAUUUCUUUCUAUCGAAGCUUAUAGAGUACUUAAAAACUGCUGGGAAUAUAAUUUUUAAGGAUGGUUAUAUUAUUAUCAAAUAUGCUGGGUUGUAUCUGCAAGUGGGGGCACCCAUCUACUAUUCAACCCCUAUGUUUACUACAGUCCAGGACUAUAUGAAAUCUGAAGCCGUUAAUAUAUGGUUAUAUGAUCGUCAAAGCAAGAAAAGACGCCAGGUAACGCUACGUGUUCCCACACCCGAACGUGAUCGAAGAAAGACUACAUCAGCUAUUUUUGCGAAUUUUAUUCAUCAGAAAGAUGCUAUUAUAGCAUUUAAUAUGAUCAAAAAUGUGAAAAAGAGGGGGAUCCCUAUAUAUACAGUUCACGAUAAUUUCAUCACUACCAUGGAUUUCUCACAUGCUAUGGGUGAGAGUUACAUCGAAAUCUUAUUAAAUAGCCCCCACCCAAUGGAAUAUAUUAACUCAUUCCUUGCGAUAAAUCUCUUUGAUGAAGCCCGUACCCCCGGCGGGCUGUGUCAGAUAGAUCUAGAUGGAUGCUUCGCUGUAGAUGAGUUGCACAACCGCCUUUAUAAUAUACCCUGCCCUAAAGAAUACACAUUGACAAAAAAAGAGAGGGAAAUAUGGUAUAAGCGGCUUACUGAGAUCUCCCAAGCAUACUAUCAUUAUAUUCUAUCUAUACGAUUUACGGAUUCAGCCCCUAUACCUAAAUGUAUAAAAUCGUCUUCUGAUUCAUCCUAUUAUACUAUAUUAGAUAAGUACCGCAAGGAAAUACGUAAAUGGAUGGAUUACCCGUAUAUUUAUAGUUUGCACUUAUGA